AUGCCUAUAUCAUGGAGGGGAUGGUCAUUUUCUACGUUCCUGCCCUACAAGAUUCCCCCGGAUGCUUCCAUCGUGGACACCGGUUCAGCAGGGGAUUUAAUUUCCGGAGACCUCUGCAAGAAGCUCCAGCUCCAGAAAUCCAACAUCUCCAAGCCAUACUCAAUCCAUGCCGUAAUGGGGGAAAUCAUCAACAAAGGACCAAACCAGCACUUCCUCUCGAGUCAGGAGUCUAAUGAGGAGCCUGUGAAGCGCAAACCAGUCCUCCCUAAGGUGCCCUCCAUUCCACCUCUGCUGUCACUGUUGCAUGAUGCUAUUUCCUCAUCAGAUGAGCCGUUUCACGCCCUUGGACCUCCUGAGCCAUCCUACCAUCUUCCAUCUCAAUCGUCUCGCCACCAUGGAACUCCUGAGCCAUCCUAUCAUCUUCCCUCUCAAUCGUCUCGCCACCAUGGAACUCCUGAGCCAUCCUACCAUCUUCCCUCUCAAUCGUCUCGCCACCAUGGAACUCCUGAGCCAUCCUACCAUCUUUCCUCUCAAUCGUCUCGCCACCAUGGAACUCCUGAGCCAUCCUACCAUCUUCUCUCUCAAUCGUCUCACCAACAUGGAACACCUCAGCCAUUCCAUCUUGCCCCUCAUGCUGCUUCUGAGAUGGACCUGCACUCUGCAUUACUACGAGAGAUCAUUGCCAAGCAGGAGGUGAUGUGUGAUAUGCAAAGAAAUCUGCUGCGGAUUGUUCAGGAUCUCUCUUCUACACCUACACCACAUGGACACCAAAUGGACGGAAGUUUCCUGCCGUUGAGAGAUGCUGAGGCUCUUUUGGCGCUGGACCGCAACAUUAAGACAAACCCAGAGAAGAGAAAGGUCUUGGUGCUGACACUGGGCCUUGCUGGGGGCGUGACCCUCAAGGACACUGUGUGGAGGGUCAUGAAGAUGCUUCUUCAGGACUCAUGA